GGAGUGAACCGAAGAAAUCAAUGAUAUCUCCAAAAAAUGACUUUUUAUUGCAAGGAUUUUAUAAGACCAAACUUGUUCAAGUUAAACAACAGAGAAAACAAUUUGAACAACAAGUUUUAAAAUCUGUUAUCAGACCAACCAAUUUGAUUCAAUCGCCAAUUAUUUUAAAUAAAAAUACGGAUAAAGUACGAAGACCAACGUCUACUCGGACUUUGUUAAAUUUCAAUCACAAUAAUGAAGAAAAAAAUACCGAUAAACCUUCGAUUCUUUCUAAAACAACUAAAAAUAAUUAUCAAACAAUCGCCAGCACAGAUGAUAUUUCAGAUUCUAAUGAAGAAGCUGUGAAUAAUUUUGUAUUGCUAAAAGAUAAUUUUUCAUCUAAAGAAAGUUAUUCUAUUAUUUUUAAGGCUGACUCAUCUGAGGAGAUUGAAUCCGAAAAUAAAUCUGAUGAAUCUAAAACGAUUGAAAUGAAAGAAAUAUCGAUGGAAAAUCCAAACAUAGAUCAUAAUGGUAGCAAGGCAACUUAUUUUGUGGUUCAACGAAGAGUGGAAGAAGCUAUCAAGAAUAAAAAAAUCUUUUUAAUACGUGGCGAUAUUCCAUAUUUGGAGAAUACAUUGAAGAAAAGAGGUUGGAUAAAAAAAUACGAGUCUAGAAAAUCGAGACAUCUGCCUUAUGGUAGUACAGCUAUCACGGAUCCACCGUCAAUUGGUAAUAUUCAUCUUGCAGAUGGAUCCUUGAACGAAGAUUAUGUUAUCUUUAGUGUGUUGAAACAUAUCUCACCCGAUUUUAUUUGGGAUUGUAGAAAUGAUUUUGUCGAAUGGACGGGUCAUAUCAAACCUGAUACUUUGUUGAACAGAUUUGAAAAAUCAUUUAUAUACACGUCGAAGCUUGGAAUGGCAACAAUUUUGGAGAAUGUUCAUUGGUAUAUCGAAGAUGACAUUGCGAGUGUACAAUAUCCAAGAAGUUACAACGUUGCACGUGACAAAACUGCAUUUACUGAUGAUUAUCGACAAACUGCAGCAGUGAGCUUUUUAAAAUGGUUCAUUGAUCAAGUCGAACAAGGUGUCAAUUUAACUAAUAAGGGUUCGUCGCCUAUUUCUCCAAAACAAAUCGAAUUUGCGAUAAAACGAUGCGAGGAAUUUAUUGCCAUGAAAAACGACGAAUAUUUGGACACACCAGAAGUCCUCAUUUCUUCGAUAGAAUGGGAUAAAUUUAUCGAUGAUUACAUUAUGGCUGUUCAUCAUGGCAAUGGAAUUAUAGAUGAAGAAUUGGAACAAUUCGACAGUGAACGAUCGUCUUUAAUCAUUUUAUACAAUUUAGCAUUGGAAACUUUAAAGAAAGUAAAAGAAAUCGAUCCUCAAUACGAAUUAAACGGAACCCGAAAUAUUUGGAUUCUAAAGCCAAGUAAUUAUUGUUGCGGAGUAGGAAUUGCAAUGGCUCAUAAAUUAAGUUACAUUAUUAAGAGAGUACAGGAUUGCGCGAGAGAUUAUUUUAUUGUACAAAAAUAUAUAGAAAAACCAUUAUUGGUAAGGGAUACGAAAUUCGACGUUAGACAAUGGUACCUUGUUACCAGCAGUUAUCCGCUAACUAUAUGGAUUUACAAAGAAUCAUUUUUACGUUUUAGCUCAAGACCGUUCUCUUUUGAUAGCUAUCAUGAAGCCAUACACAUCUGUAACACUGCAGUCCAGAACAAAUAUAUUAUUCCUAAAAAUUCUGCUCGUUCUCUUGACUGGGAUUGCGAAAAACUUAAUGAAUAUUUAAAAACGAUAGGCUAUACGGGAGAACCAUGGUAUGAAAAAAUCUAUCCAAAAAUAUGUCAAGCUAUAAUUGCUACUAUGUUAGCAGCCCAAGAACAUAUGGAUAAAAGAAAAUACAGCUUUGAAUUAUAUGGAGCUGAUUUUGUAAUUAUGAAUGAUCUGUCGGUUUGGUUGAUAGAGAUUAAUACAAAUCCUCGUAUGCAUCCACCUGGAACUAGAAUCACUCAAAGAUUAUAUCCUAAUGUAUUAGAAAGUCUUAUAAAAGUCAUAAUGGAUUAUCCCUUCAAUCCAAACGCGGAUACAGGAGAUUUUGUGCUGGCAUAUAAACAAAUGAUCACUGAUGUACAGCCAAACACUGGAUUAUGUUUGACUGCUUUGGGUAAAUCAAUUCUACCAAAAUCCAAAAGUUUACAACAUACGAAUUGGCAAUAUCUGUAAAUUGAUUUUUUACAAAAUCUUUUAUGCACUAUGUAUAAUACAAAAAGAAAGAUACAUAAUUACAUUGCCUAAAUAAUAAUUAUAAUUAUAACUAAUAUGUAUUCUAAAAGCUAAAAUUAAUUCGAUUGAAUAAACAAAAGAGCGACUAAUAAAAACGUAUUUAUUUUACAAGUAACAAUAUCACGGGUACACAAUUCUGUAUGAACAGAUUUUUGUUUGUUUUGCAGUUUAUCUUUUUGGU